AUGGACCAAGCUACGCUUCAAAAACUUCUGGACGACCUUGAAAAGCACCCGCAAUGCGCUGAUUGGGGAGCCAAGCUCCAGUUUGCUUGCGAGCAUUUAUGGGAAACCCUCGGCACCACCAACAUCUAUUCCGCUGCUUCUGGCAUGGUCGACCGUGUCAUCCAUCUUCUCAAAGAUCAUCAUGCUAUGGAACUGGCUCGAUUGGUCAUCCCCGACCUCAGGAGUCACGAAGCGCUAGUGUUCUCCGACCCCUUGAAGCAAAAGAUCUUCGAUUCAACAACCGACCGUCGCUCCGCAUUCACCAAAAUCGAAACUACCACCCAGACCGACUUCGAUACUCCCCUUUACCGAGCAGAGAAAGAACUAUUCACAGAGGCUGAGAUGUAUCGCGCCAGUCUGCUUCUCUACGGAAGUGCAACUUUCACUGGAGUACAAGAGAAGGAGAUAUUGGAUUGGUUGUCCAAACGGCCGAAAGGUCCCCAAAAAACAUAG